UCUUUCUCUCUUUGAACAACUCAUCCGUGGUGAGGAGGGAAAUUGUCCAACAAGGUCAGCCGAGUGAGUGAGUUUUUGGAAGUCUCCUCGUCUUCUCCUCAGUCUGAGUGAGGAUGGGGCAAUCUCAAUUGGUGCAGAUUUUCUUCCUCUGUCUACAAUUUUGUCACAACUUCCAGCGUGUUUUGGGACAAGAAUAUGGAGCCAAUACCGAUUACAUAGAUCUAAGCCAAUUCCACGUGAAAGAAGGGGUCUUGAACGCCAUCAACGACACCAAACUGUUCUUUCCGGAUGGCACUGGGAUCAUUCUUGACACUCCAAAUGGCGAAGAUACCAACGGAGACAACGAGGAUUACGAUAACAGUGAAAUCAAUGAUAUUGAAGGAGAUUCAGGCGUUCAUGAACCAGUCGCUCCCCAUGCCCAUGAUGACAUUCCCCAAGCUAUCGUCACUCCACCUCCUGUUAUUAGUGAUGACUAUGCGGAUCUUUAUGGUGGUGAAAUGGGCAACGAUGUUUCUCCCAUGGAACCUGAAGAGUCUGUAGAAGUUCCAGACAAAGCCUUCACUCCUUUGAUCAUUGAUGACUCAGAGAAAGUGUCCAAUGCUGAGACUCAGUCUGGUAUGGAAUUGUACAAGCAAGGGGAACUCCCAAGGCCCCGAUUUGUCAUGUUGGGACAACAAGGCGUGGGCAAAUCCUCUUUAGCGAACACAUUAUUGGGCUUCGAUAAUCUCGCCAGUUUCAAUGACAAGAAACUCCGCAAAAAAUUGCCGUUCAAGAUCGGGCAUGGUCUGAGGUCCAAAACUAAAGUCACCACCUUCAGUACUGGAAGGUUUGUUGGUACGGGUCCCAAUAUCACAGUGGUGGACACGCCUGGAUUUAAAGACACCGAUGAUGCUGAAUUCAUUGACGAGAUUAUGAAUGUUCUGGGAGAUGAGGUCAGAGAGGUGGACUCUUUCUUGAUUGUCUACAAAUACAAGGAUAGAUUCACACGACCUUUCAAGCGGACCCUGGCAAUGAUUACCAAGAUGUUUGGCAAUUUCUGGUCGAACGUGGUCCUGGUGGUGAACUUCUGGUCCUUCAAAGAGACUCACGUGGAAGAGCGCUUAAGUCGAGGAGUCACGAUGAAAAAUUAUGCCAAACAGCUUAGAGAGAUCUUUCAGAACAAGUUCGACUUGGAUUUCGAGAUCCCCGUGGUCUUCGUCGACACCCAUCAUAACAAAAGCAAUCCCAAUGAGAUGGACGACUUCAUCCGUGAAACAGAGAAGCUUUGGAAAAUUUCGUUGAAUAAAAGGCCUUUUGAGUGUCUCACAAGAAAGGAUGUCCAGGAGAAACUAAAGAAGGAGAAAGAGGAUUUGGCGUCAAUGAGGCGGCAAUGUCGAGCUACCAAGAAGGACAACAAGGACAUGACCAAUCAAAUGGAGACACAAAGCAAACAGAUCAUGCACCAAUUGUUCGUCAUGAACAAUCUCAGAAACGGAAUCGAGUAUCUCAAAGAACAUUGUAGCAAAGAUCAAACCAACGAGGUCAUCUUGGGAUGUGAAUGGUCAGAGUGGACGGACUGGAGCACUUGUAGUAAAACUUGUGGCGGAGGCAUUCUAACCCGAGUCAGAGAAAAGCUUCCAGGCCUCGGAAGUUGUGAUGGAGAAAGCCAGGACAGCAUGAUCUGUGAUAAUGAGGUGUGCCCGUUGGAAAACGACGAGGACUCUUUGGUCAUGGUGAUCGGGGGCGAGACUUCCGCUUCCAGAGAAAAUGAGCACUCCAAGUCGGUUGAGAUUAUUGGAUCUAACGGCUUGUGCCGACUUUCAGGCAUUCCGGAAUUACCCGAGGGUCGGGGAAAGCUGUGCGCAGCCUAUGACCCCUCAGGCGCCAUCGUAGUUUGUGGGGGAGGCGAGAGGUUUUGGAGACCCAAUGCGAAUUGCUGGCAGCUCUUAGAAGGGAACAUUGAUCAAUGGCAGGAGAUCCCUCAAAUGUAUCCGGUUCAUGGAGCGGCGGUUGCUUUCUUCAAGAGCAAGUUUUGGGUUUUGGGUGGCUCGACGGGCGAUGACAGUUACGACCACACUGUUACUGACAAGGUCCAAGCCUAUAAUCCAAGGAAACAGGAAUGGAGUGUGGAAACAACUCUGACUAGUCCCAGACAUAAAGCCUGUGCUGUUUCUAUCGAAGAUCACAUCGUCAUCACAGGUGGAACCACUUUGGGCUUGGGCAAAGUGAAACCAGCUUGGUUGGCAGAGAUUGGAACUAGAACCGCCGAAAGCUUCGAUGGGAAGAAAUGGAACAGUUUGCCAUCUCUCACAAGGGCAAAGGUUGAACAUGGUUGUGAAGCCACGACAAUAUCCGGUCAAAAAGGUAUCUUGGUGGUUGGAGGAGCGACUGGUGAUGAUUUAGUUGAGUUUUUGGAUUGGGAGACACAGAUUGGUUGGAGAACCUUGGGGAAACUUAACCGAGGCAGAGGAAUGAUGCCCGGUAUUGGCUUCAUAGGAGGAAAACUUUCGGUCAUUGGCGGUUAUUCUUGGCCUGGAGGGGUGGAUCUCAUUGAGCAAUGGGACGAGGAUCAAGAAGAAUGGGUCAAAUCUCGUCUCAAACUGAAAUACCCAAGAUACAACCAUGCCACAAUAACGGUUCCGGGAGAAAUGUUCCCAAAGUGUGUCGACGAAAAGGGUGUUGAAGAAGACAAAUAAUUUGUUCGUCCAUAUAGGCCACGCGCUCAGUACAAAUAAACCCUCUUGUUAUUUCCAAAUAGUUGUUUGUGUCAUGGCGAGUACCAGCAUAAAUACAAGUUGUUUGGAUCUAA